GAUUAUUUUGGUGAACUGCCUGUGUAUACUUUAUAUACUGCAAUAGGUACAUAUUUUAAAAAAUCUGUUGCCUAGUAACGAAACAUUUUAAGUAAACUUAACUGAAUCGGACUCCAAAAUUAGUACCUAUAUUUUAUUGAAACUCAUGGCAGAAGAACUACAAAAAGUUCAUUUGUAUUAUGAUGAAAUUAACAAAGUCAAAGUAAUAGAAAAUAAUGUAUAUAAAGAAACACAAGAUUUACAAGAAAACUGUAAAGAUUACGAAAAUAAAGUUCGUGAUUUUGGCAAUAUUAUUGGGUCAUUGUUGGAUAUGUUGAAUAAGUUGGGAGAAAAUGUUGAAAAACAAAAAAUGGCUGCCAUUGGCGCCACUAAUCUUUUAAAGUCAAUAGAAAAAGACCGAGAAAGUGAACAAACAAGAUUACAAGCUGAAAUAAGUGAUAAAUCGUUAAUUCUAGAGCAAUUGGAUAGUGAAUAUGACGCUCUUCAAAUUUUGGAUGCCACUCAGUCAGAGACGGUCGAAUACUUAACGCAACUGCGCUAAUUUUAAUAAGUUCUAACAUUAUUUUCAAAUAAACAAAUACGAAUAU